UUUCAUUUCCCCUUUCUCCUCCGAGUUUAAGAACUAAAACAAAAAAGCAAUUCCUGCUAAUCUCUUAGACAAUGCAAGCGGCUCCAGACUCUAUUCUAGGAAGCCAGUUUUAUCAAGGUAACAAGGAGUCCACCGAGAGCAGAAAGAAGGCUAGGGACACCGACACGGAGGUGGUAUUGAGGCUCUACAGGAGGCCCGGGGGCCCGUUCUGCCUAUCGGUCUCCACCUCCGGCUGCACGGCCACUUCGAUGUCCUGCAGGUCGCGGGCUGCUGCUCUUUCGAAGGCGGUGGAGGACCAGGGGCGCCCCGCGCCAGCGCUGACUAGGACCGGCGCCGACGCCUGACCUGCGCGCCCUUGGCCACGGAUGCUGGUGCGCCCAGCGCGUCCUCGUGUGCUCCAGCCCGCUUGGGGCACGCGAGGGGCAGCCCCGGCCAGGAUGGCCCGGGGCCGAGCGGUGGCCGGGCUCCUGCUGCUGGUGGCCGCCAGCCUCGGAGGGGCGGCGGCGGGGCCCGGGCUUGCCUUCAGCGAGGAUGUGCUAAACGUGUUCGGCACGAAUCAGAGCCUGUCGGUGGCGCAGCUGGGGCGCCUGCUCCAGCAGCUGGGAGCCGCCCCCGCGGAGGGCGCCCUGCAGCCCGGGCAACUGCACUUCAACCAGUGCUUGUCAGCUGAAGAGAUCUUUUCCCUUCACGGUUUUUCAAAUGCUACCCAGAUAACCAGCUCGAACUUCUCAGUCAUCUGUCCAGCAGUCAUACAGCAGCUGAACUUUCACCCUUGUGAUGAGCGGCCCAAACAAAACACUAAACCAAGUCUGUCUGAAGUUUGGGGAUAUGGAUUCCUGUCAGUGACAAUUAUUAAUCUAGCAUCUCUCCUUGGAUUGAUUUUGACUCCGUUGAUAAAGAAAUCUUAUUUCCCCAAGAUUUUGACCUUUUUUGUGGGGCUGGCUAUUGGGACUCUAUUUUCAAAUGCAAUUUUCCAACUUAUUCCAGAGGCAUUUGGAUUCAAUCCCAAAAUUGACAACUAUGUUGAGAAGGCAGUUGCUGUAUUUGGUGGAUUUUACAUCCUUUUCUUUUUUGAAAGAAUGCUUAAGAUGUUAUUGAAGACGUACGGUCAAAAUGAUCAUACCCACUUUGGAAAUAAUGACUUUGGUCCUUCUCAAGAAAAAACUCAUCAACCUAAAGCAUUGCCUGCCAUCAAUGGUGUGACGUGCUAUGCAAAUCCAGCUGUCACAGAGCCUAAUGGACACAUCCAUUUUGAUAAUGUCAGCGUGGUAUCUCUACAGGAUAGAAAAAAGGAGUCAAGUUCAUGUACCUGUUUGAGGGGGCCCAAACUGUCAGAAAUAGGGACAAUUGCCUGGAUGAUAACGCUCAGUGACGCCCUCCAUAAUUUCAUCGAUGGCCUGGCGAUUGGGGCUUCUUGCACCUUGUCUCUUCUCCAGGGACUCAGCACUUCCAUAGCUAUCCUGUGUGAGGAAUUUCCUCAUGAGCUAGGGGACUUUGUGAUCCUGCUCAAUGCAGGAAUGAGCACUCGACAAGCUUUGUUAUUCAAUUUCCUUUCUGCAUGUUCCUGCUAUGUUGGGCUAGCUUUUGGCAUUUUGGUAGGCAACAACUUUGCUCCAAAUAUUAUAUUUGCACUUGCGGGAGGCAUGUUCCUCUAUAUUUCUCUAGCAGAUAUGUUUCCAGAGAUGAACGAUAUGCUGAGAGAAAAGGUAACUGGAAGAAAAACCGAUUUCACCUUCUUUAUGAUUCAGAAUGCUGGAAUGUUAACUGGAUUCACAGCUAUUCUGCUCAUUACUUUGUAUGCCGGAGAAAUUGAAUUGGAGUAAUAGGAAAUGAGAGAUGGUGUUGUUAAUGAAAACAUUUAAUAAAUAAAAACAUCUCCAAAGGGAUUUCAAGCUGAUCCUGUUUGGUUAAAAGAUAAUUUUGUUUUCAACUGUAGGUCAAGAAAACUGAUUAUUGCUUUCAGAUCUGUGACAUAGGCGAUUGCUUGUUGUUAAAAAGCUUCAAAAGGUUUUCAGUUCUGGUCUGAAAAGCCUUGUAUAUGAGAUCUUCAGUAAAUACCCUCUUUUUAAUGUUUCCUGCAUAUUAGAAAAUCAUUGCAAAACAAGAAACAUGCAUUCUACAAUCAUUUAGACACCAAAACCCAGAAAAAAAAUACAAGCUAGGUUGCAUAAGCUUUUAAAUCUCUACGGUAGGAUCAAAAGUUCAAGUGGUUUCAGAGUGUGUUUUUUUCCCCCUAAUUUGUUCUAAUGUUUUCAAAAGCAAGUACAUCAGGAUGCAGAAGAGAAUCAAAAUGUAUAUGACACAGAUAUAAAUGAUUCCAAGGCCUUAAUGAACCUGGGAAAGAAAGAUGUCUCACAGCUUUUGCUGUUUUAUAUUUCAGUUAGGCAUUCAUAGGAUUGCUUCGAAAACCAACCAAUAUGAAUUAUGAAAUCAAUAAAGUUUUGCUAGGCCUACUAAGUUUAGACUUUAUUUGAUACUCUAACUUUAAGUAAAGUCUACCAGAUUCCAUAAAAUGUCGGAAUUACUUUGUAUGACUUAUGUUGUUAGUGCACCAAACAAAUGGCAGAACAAUAUGUAAAACUCAUUUUCAGUGUGCAAUGUGUUUGCUUUGUGAAGGUGAAGAAUAUUGAUUUGUAGAAAUUAAAUGUAAUUUUAAGUAGUUUUGUUUUAAAGAUGAACACAAUUAUUUAGCAAAAGAUAUUGUAAAUAAAUGCAAAACAACAGCUGGACUCGCACAUGUAUGUCAAGGACAGAUUAACUGGAAAACAUGUUCCUUAUGGGAUCGAGAGUCAUUCAGAAAAAUCUUCUUUUUGUUCAGUCUAUAUUUUUCCUAUACAGUAUACUUUGGGGAAAAAAAUCUGCACAUCAUGGUUAUUUUCCUACCUUUUAUAAAAGAUAGAGCCUAUUUACUCAUUUAGCAGAUAUAGAAUGCUGGUCUAAAAUUGAACAUACUAACCCAACUCACCGCCCCAGGUCACUUCAGGGAAGAUAAUUUGACAGUGAGAAAAAUUAUUUAUAAAGGCCAAUAAUGAUCUCAGGAAUUACAUUUUCCCACAGACCAUAAAAUGGUGUCACAUAACAAUAAUGCCAUUCUGAUGAAUUUUUAACAUCUAUGUGAGUGUACAUUUUAACUUUAUGACUGACAAUUAAAAAGUUAUUGUUUGACCAAAUAGUAAAUACUUUUGAAACCA